CUCCACCGGAAGCGGAAGCCCUGUACCGUGUCCUGGGCCAGAGAGCUUGAAAAAUAUAGUCGGGUGAUCGCGGAACCCGGGGGUCGCGAGGGGGCGGGGUAAGGAACGAAGGUGGCUGGGUGAUUUCCUGCCGCUCCCCUCACACAGCGAACGAGACUUCGGCCCCGGCGCGCCCCUGCUGGCCAGGGGACUGACUUCAUCCCCAGGCAGCCCGUCGCCCGAACCAGACACGCCACUGGAGACCCCCGACGGGCCCCAUGUUUCACCUGGGGGUCCGGCCGCCUGAGGCAGGAGGGCUUGAAUGAGGCCUUCUGCUGCGGGCGCUAAGUGUGACCUUCGAACCCUGAUUGGAGUAAUGGCGUCUUCUAGUCGUCUGGCUACUUGAUCUUGUGAACUGCUUUGCAUAGAGGUGCCAUUUUGCAGUACGAAAGCUACAAGACAACGCAGGUUGCAGCCUUCCCCCAAAUGUGCUUCCUGCUUCCGGAGAAGUGUCAAGUCUGUUUUUGUUUGAGAAGAUAAUACCCAAAAUAGGAUCAAGGAAAGUCUAAAGGGCCAGACUGAUUGUUUUUCUUAAUGCAGGUCUCUGGAGGUGGCUGUGGUCACUGCAGGGCCACCACGGGAUUGGCUUGCAUGUUUCAUCUUCCCCUUGCCUAGUCUGAUUUUCUCAGCUCUCCCACAGCCAUGCCCAGGCCCUCCCUCAUCACCUUCACCCCGGCCACCGACCCCAGCGACCUCUGGAAAGAUGGGCAGCAGCAGGCACAGCCUGAAGAGCUGGAGCCUACCCUGGAUGGGGCUGCAGCCCGGGCUUUCUAUGAGGCUUUGAUUGGGGAAGAGAGCAGUGCCCCUGAACCCCAGAGAUCACAGCCUGAGCCUGCCAGUGAGAGAAAGCGGAAGAAGAGAAGAAUGAGGAGGGAGGCUGCAGCAGGAGCAGCAGGAGGGCAUGGACAAAGGAGAUCUCUUGAAGCUGAGGACAGAAUGACUCAGUGGAUACUGAGGGCAGCCCAGGAGGGGAACCUGGCAGAACUAAGAAGGCUCUUGGAUCCCCAUGAGGAAGGGGGAGCUGGGGGGAAUAUCAAUGCUCGGGAUGCCUUCUGGUGGACCCCCCUGAUGUGUGCUGCCCGAGCAGGCCAGGGAGCGGCUGUGCGCUAUCUCUUAGAGCGAGGGGCUGCCUGGGUUGGGGUCUGCGAGCUGGGUGGCAGGGAUGCUGCUCAGCUGGCCGAAGAAGCGGGCUUCCCUGAAGUGGCCCGCACCGUCAGAGAGAGCCACGGAGAGAUGAGGAGUCCAGAGAACCGGUCCCAGUCCUCCCCGCAGUACUGUGACACCUGUGAUGCCCACUUCCAAGACUCUAACCAUCACACAUCUACUGCUCACCUGCUGUCACUGUCCCGGGAUCGCCAGACCCCCAACCUGUCCCUUGGGAUCCCCACAUCCAGCCCAGGCUUCAAGCUACUGCUGAGGGGGGGUUGGGAGCCUGGAAUGGGGCUGGGACCCCAGGGCAAGGGCCGUGUUAUCCCCAUCCCCACAGUCCUCAAGAGGGACCAGGAAGGAUUAGGAUACAGACCAGCACCUCAACCUCGAGUUACACACUUUCGGGCUCAGGAUACCCGAGCAGUGGCUGGGAGGGAGAGAGUCCCUCAGGUGACUACACUGAGCCGGAGGGAGGAGAGAAGGCAGGAGGAGAAGGACAGAGCCUGGGAGCGGGAUCUGAGGACAUACAUGAACCUUGAGUUCUGACCUUGGCAAGGUCUGACCCUGGUCUGCUGCUGAGGUCUGAACUUGAGCCUCUGACCUGUCCAGGUCCCAGACCCUCAGGUUUUGGUCAGUAGGCCCUAUCUUUGGGAGAGGGGAGCUGAGUGAGAGUUGAGAAAUAAAUCAACCUUCUU